AUGGGAGAACAUCUUCCACCAUGUACGGAAGGCAUCUCAAUUGCUGAGCUCAAAGCUGAACACUAUCAAGAGGGGUUCGGGAUAUUCCACCCUACGCCUAGGCUUUCAUGGCGCUUUUCCGCGACAACCGUUCCGGACUGGAAGCAAUCAGCUUACGAGAUUGUCAUCAAACGGCCCGGAAGAAAGGAGUCUUACCAAGUCGAGUCAGGCGAGUCUUCACUUGUGCCGUGGCCAUCAUCGGCGUUGGCUUCAAGAGAAGCCGUACACGUCAGUGUGCGAGCUACUGGUACGAACGGAGUGAAGAGCGACUGGGUCGAGCUUACGCUGGAGGCUGCGCUGCUGAACCGAGACGACUGGAAGGCGGAGUUGGUAGGCGGCCCACCUCAAGAAGUCGACAAGCCUAAGCCACCAUUUCGCAUGAGGAAGACCUUCAUAUACAACACGGGUUCUGCCCGUUUAUAUGCCACUGCUCAUGGUAUCUACCAAGUGGAAAUAAACGGCCAGGUGGUUGGCGACCAAGUGCUUUCUCCCGGGUGGCAGUCAUAUCGACAUCGUCUACACUACCAGACGUAUGACGUGACUGGUUUAUUGCAUCCGGGACGCAAUACAAUCGGGGUGUAUCUGGGCGAAGGCUGGUUUGCCGGCAGGCUCGGACGACCAGGAGUCUCCAACAUCUGGGGAGACCGGUUAGGAUUCCUCGGCCAGCUUGAGGUGAACCGCCAAGUUAUUUGCCGAACUGACCACAGCUGGGAACUUCUUGCCGACGGACCUGUCCUGAGCUCCGAGAUUUACAACGGCGAAGUGUAUGACAGCAGGCAACAUGAUCCAUCUUGGUCUACCCCCGAGGCAAUCUCUGGUGAAUCUUAUAUCGCCUCCACGGUGGAGGUCCUGCCGUUUCCAGAGGCUGAAUUGAUAGCACCCCAAACGCCCCCUGUCCGGCGCAUCAUGGAGCUCAAGCCGCAAGAAAUCAUCAUCACGCCAAGCGGAAAGAGAGUCCUGGAUUUUGGGCAAAACUUGGCUGGCUGGCUGAGAGUAAAUGUCGACAUUCCUGGAGCGGGAACCGUCAUUAUUCGACAUGCGGAGGUCAUGGAACAUGGCGAGCUAGGAACAAGGCCACUGAGAACGGCCAAGGCACACGCUGUAAUACAUCUAGGUGGCCAAACUCGUGGAUAUGAACCAAAGUUCACAUUCUACGGUUUCAGAUAUGCGGAGGUAACAGGGUACGAUGCCUGCAGUCUCUCCGACUUCACUGCAGUUGUGGUUUCUUCAGACCUUCGUAGGACUGGAACAUUCGAAUGUUCCCAUGAUCUGCUUAACAAGCUUCAUGCGAACACGAUAUGGUCAAUGCGAGGGAAUUUUGUUUCUGUUCCUACUGAUUGCCCACAGCGCGACGAGCGGCUGGGGUGGACAGGGGACAUUCAGGUUUUCACACCCACCGCGAGUUUUCUGUAUGAUACCGCGGCAUUCAUCGGAGGCUGGCUCCAAGACGUCCAGGUCGACCAGAAAGACUUGGGAGGCGUCGUGCCAAACAUUGUUCCCUGCAUUCCUAUGCCCCCAAAGCACAAUGAAAAGCAGGCCAUGGCCGCUUGGGGUGACACUGUGAUCCUCACGCCAUGGGAUGUCUACCAGUUUUUCGGAGACGAACAGCAUUUACGGAGGCAAUGGGACAGCAUGAGACAGUGGCUCGACAAUGGGAUCCCUCGGGACGAAAGGGGAUUCUACUCGACUGAAACCCCUCAAUUCGGCGACUGGCUUGAUCCCCGAUCUCCGCCUGCUCUGCCUGGACACGCAUCCACUGACCCGUACUUGGUCGCCAACGCCUACUUGGUUCACGUCACCAAAAUUGCUUCUGAGGUCGCUGAUCGGCUAGGUGAGGUGGAAGAUGCGCGGCGUUACCGAGACGACGCCCAGAGACUACGCAAGCUGUUCCGGGACGAGUAUAUUUCGCCUAGGGGCCGACUUUCAUCAGACACGCAGACGGGGUACGUUCUGGCUCUCCAAUUCAACCUUCUGGACAGCAAUGUAGAGAUACAGACUGCGCAGUCUAGGCUUGAUUGGUUGACCAGGUGGGAAGCCUUCAAGAUCAACACCGGGUUUGUGGGCACACCGUAUAUCCUGCCUGCCUUGGCCAAGAUCGACAAGAUGAGCACAGCGUAUAGGAUGCUCCAAGAGCGCGACUGUCCUAGCUGGCUGUAUCCCUGGGAACGAUGGAACUCAAUGCUCCCCGACGGGUCCAUUAAUCCUGGCCAAAUGACGUCUUUCAACCACUAUGCGCUGGGCGCUGUGUGUCAUUUCCUUCACGCCUACGUCGCUGGCUUGUCUUCGGCCUCACCUGGUUGGAAGUCUGCCAUCAUCCACCCGCGGCCCGGUGGUACAAUUCGCUGGGCUCGGGCCACGUACGACUCGCCCAUGGGGCCGUACAGCGUGUCUUGGAAGUGUGAAGCCAAUGCCAUGAAGACGAUUGUAUCAGUUCCGCCGAACGCUGAAGCACGCGUAGUCCUUCCCGGAAUCGACGUUGUUGUUGGCAGCGGGGAGUAUUCCUAUGAAACGGAGUGGCACGACGAUCCGACAUGGCCACCACAGAUAAUUCAGGGUGUGCAGGGAGUCCCUGUAGAGGCAACGUAUGUUCCUUGA